ACCCUCCUUGCGGAGGCCCCCGUUGAUGCCCCUCCUACUCCCUUGCCACCUGUAUCCCCUGCGGUGCCCGAGGAAAGUGUCGCCUCGGGUGCUAGCGGGGAAGACCCUGGGGUGGUGGGAGCGGAGCCCCUGGGCUCUUUGACCUGCCCGGCUGCGAGUGACACCUUGCUGACGGCCGCCGAGCCUGUUCAGGCGACGGCCGGUGCCUCGCGGCCGGGACACGAGUUACCAGGGGUAUCCCUCGUUGCCGUGGGGCAACCGAGUUCCUUCCCGGGUGGGGGCCCCGUUGCAGAUUGUUCACCUCCUGCUGCCGUGGCUGUUCCAUCUGCCGUAGAGCCUGAGCCCGGCAUCCCUGGGGACCCCCUCCCUAACCCUCAGACCCCUGAGCCCGACCGCGAGGAGCCACCUUCCAGCUGUCCAGCUCCUGGGGCCCGGGAUUCCACCUCUGUCCCUCUUCCCGACCCUACUUCUGCCCCCGUCCCUGCCCUUACCCCUGGCCCGAUUCCUAUCCCCUCCACCUCCCAUGAUGCUAUUGCCGCCCCUGGGGACGUCUUCUUCUCUUUUCCGGAGGAUGACCCCCAGGGAGCGGCCUUUGUGUUCCCCAGUCCCGACCCUCUAGGGGCUGCUGUCCUCCCUCCGCCGCCGCCCCCCUUUGAGCCAGGGACUGAGACGGGCCAUGUGGCGCCGGUCCAUCGGGCGCCACGUCGAGGGUCCGCCCCUUGCCUGCCCGUCUUGGUGGGCCACGGGGCCGUGCCAGGGGCCCCAACGGGGGAUGACCAGAA